AUGUCACACCCCCAUACACAUUCGGUGUUGAAUGAUUCAAACUACCCGCAGGUGAUCCCUCAUCCUCAAUUCAAAGCUGUCGACUCAAUCUACGAAAACCGGCUUCGCCAGUUUACCGAUACUGGAGGACAGUAUUCAAACCUAAACCUUCCAAAGUUUUACAAUCGGAAGCGUUUAAGACUAGGAGGUUCACAAACUGGCAUCACUUUAAGGCAAUGGGAUGCGCCUGGACUAACAAAACCUCUAUUCAAAGAUGUUAUGGAGAAAAGGGAUGAGUUUAGAAGCAUUGAUGUUGAUAAACCCAUUGUAUUUGGUCCCAAAUGGAGCAGCCAUUGGUUUGAAGUUCUAAUCAGGUUGGAUAAAAAUUGGUUUGAUGCUGUGUCCAUUGAUAAGAGGGAAUGUUUGACCUUUUUGUGGGAUGCUGGUUGUGAAGCUUUGCUUUUCGGAAUUGACGGAUGUCCAUUGCAGGGGCUAACUGGUGAUGGCGAACGUACGGAAUGCGAGUUACCACUGGAUUGGUUCAAAGAAUCCAAGGGCAGCGAUGUUAUGACAUGCAAAUUCUAUAUUGAAUGCUGUUGUAACUCUAUUUUCGGCGGCGGUGGGGACAACUACGAUUUAAGAGUUUGUGAGCUGGCACAGUACAAUGCCCAAGCCAAAGCUCUAUUUUACGAUUUUUGGGUUUUAAGUGACGCCGCUAGAGAAAAUGGCCCACCACAGAAGCAUAAGGCUAGAGAAAUCUGUAACCGUAUUAUGGAUACUUUUGAUUCAAAAGACGCCAAAUCAAUUGAUAAAUGUAGAAGAAUUGCAGCAGAGUUUUUAGGUACAGAUGUUGAUUCGGAGAAAGUCUUUGAGAAAUCGAAGUUGAACAAGUUCAACGCGGUAUACGCUAUUGGUAACUGUCAUAUCGAUACGGCCUGGCUAUGGGAUUUUGCCACGUCAAAAACCAAGAUUGCAAGGAGUUGGUCAACCCAACUGAGAUUAAUUGAAAAGUAUCCCGAAUAUGUCUUUGUUGCAUCUGCAGCUCAGCAUUUCAAGUGGUUAAUUGAGUACUAUCCAGAGUUGUACGAAAAGGUAAAGGAGGCGGCAACUAAUGGAAGGUUUAUCCCAUUGGGCGGUUCUUGGGUUGAAAACGAUACCAACCUACCAAGUGGUGAAGGUCUAGUUAGACAGUUCUUAUUGGGACAACGGUACUUUCAGCAUUUGUUUGGUUCUAAAUCAAAUAUAUUCUGGUUGCCAGAUUCGUUUGGUUACUCUUCACAAAUUCCACAAAUAUGCAGGCUAUGUGAAAUCCCGAAGUUUUUAACCCAAAAACUCUCUUGGAAUAAUAUCAACACAUUCCCACAAAAUUCAUUCAAUUGGGUGGGUAUUGAUAACUCACAAGUUAUGGUUCACAUGCCUCCGGAUAACACAUACACUGCAGACGCUAAUUAUGGUGAUGUUAAAAGAUCGGUUCAUAACCAUAAGAAUCUAUAUAAUGAUCAAAAGGGAAUGUUACUCUAUGGUAAAGGUGAUGGUGGUGGUGGCCCAACACCUGCAAUGGUUGAAAAACUGAGAAGGUGUAGAGGUUUUGCUGACAAUGCAGGUGGUGAAUUUCCGCAGGUUACAAUAGGGCCAACCGUUACUGAUUUUUUUAACGAUUUAUCCAACGAUACUGAGAAUGGUAAGAAGUUACCAUCGUGGAGAGGGGAGUUGUAUCUAGAGUAUCAUAGAGGCACAUAUACAACACAAGCCAAAGUUAAAAAUUAUAUGAGAACUGUCGAGUUGUUGAUGCACAACGUGGAAUUAUUUGCUUCUUUUGCUUCAGUAGUCCACAAAGAUUACAAAUAUCCGCUCUCACAAAUCGAAAGGCUUUGGCAAAAUAUUUGCCUCUGUCAAUUCCAUGAUGUCUUACCAGGAUCGUGUAUUAACAAAGUUUAUGGGGAAGAUGUCUGGCCUAUGUUAGCUAAAGUUCAAGAAAAUGAGGAAAAACUAUUGGCAGAGGCGUUGAGUCAAUUUGGCAUCUCAACUUUCAAAGAUGAAGCCCAUAAACAUCUCAUUAGGUUGAGUUCCUUACCUUGGAAAAAGUCAUCUAUUGAACUGGUUAAUAACUUACCAAAUUUCCUUAUAUCGAGAGCACAAAAGGUUGCUGAAAAUGAUUACUUAAUCCAAUUUUAUGGCAGCACCCUUAUGAAGCCCCUCUCAACUAGAAUUAAGUAUCCGUCUAUUAUCUACAAAUGUGAGGAUGGAUUAUACUGUAUGGAAAACUCAAAACUAAAGGCCUUGAUCGAUUCUGAUGGCCUCAUUGUGAAACUCUAUGACUUGGUCAACGAAAGACAACUCAUAAACAAUACUAUAAUGAAAGGAGGAAACCAAUACGUAAUGUUUUCUGAUACUCCACUAAACUUUCCUGCGUGGGAUACAGAACUUUACUCUCUGAACAAGUUCAGGUACAUCAAAAAAUCAACCAAGUGCAAAAUCAAGUUGAGUGGACCACUUGUUAGUUCGCUUGAAAUUGAGCAUCGACUUUCUGAGAAUAGUAAGAUUAGAACAGUCAUUUCUCUAUCUGGUAUCAAUGACUUAUCAGAGGCUUCUAUGGUUAAAUUCAAAUGUGAUGUCAAAUGGAACGAAGACUAUGAAUUUUUGAAGGUGCAAUUUCCUGUCAAUAUAUCAGCGGAUUUUGCAAGUUAUGAAACGCAGUUUGGUAUUACAAAAAGACCAACACAUUUCAACACUUCUUGGGAUGUUGCAAAGUUUGAGUGCUGUAUGCACAAAUUUGUGGAUUUUUCGGACUACAACUAUGGUGUUUCGAUUAUUAAUAAUAACAAGUACGGUGGUUCGGUACACGGAAAUAUAAUGACUCUUUCAUUGUUGAGAGCUCCAAAAUAUCCUGACGAAAAGGCGGAUAUUGGCCAUCAUUUGUUUGAAUACGCUAUUCUACCGCACAGUGGGCCUUUAAGUGCUACCACAGUGAGAGCUGGUUGGGAAUUUAAUGAGCGUAUGCCUUCUGAAUUAUUUGCAUCAGCCGAAAAGAAGAAUGAGCUGUUUGCAUUAGACAGUCUGGUAACUAUUUCCGGUGAUGAAGGUAUUAUUUUAUCAAAUGUUAAACGUGGAGAGGAUGAUGAUGAUGUUAACUAUAAGGAUGGCUUAAUUAGCAGUCUUCCUAAGAAGUAUGUUGGUUCUCAAACCUUAGUACUCAGGGUUUAUGAGUCUUUGGGCGGUACCAGUAAGGCAACUAUCACUAUCGGGACUGACGUAAAGAAAGUUGUAAAGACCAACUUAUUGGAGGAGGAGAAGGAAGAUGUAGAAAUGAGUUCACCUGGUCGGUUCACAUUUGAAUUGAGAGCUUUUGAAAUUGCUACAUUCAAAGUUGUCUUGAAAUAA